AUGGCGAUGUGUUUAAUGGUGGUGGCUGCCGUUACUAUGGUCAACUGCGUUUCUCUGACCGCAGUUCCUGAUACUAAUGCCAAUCUUCACGCAGACGUUUCUUCAAAAGCUCUUGGAUCAAAAACUCCUUCGUUUUUUCGAUUAGGAGGAAAGCUUUUAAGAAUUCCUGAAUUUAUUUUAAGAGCAAGUCGAAAAUCCGGGCGUAUACCAAAAGUACCGGAUUUCUUGAAAAAUGGAAACUCUCUUAACAUUCGAGGAAUGAGCAACAAGAAAGGUGGAAUGCCGCCGAUUCCAAACUAUGUACGAGAAGGGAAAAUCCCCGCCUAUGCAUGGAGGUACAUCCCUAAGGUUCUGCUACCGUAUUUACCAUUGAUUAACCCUAAAAAUAUUCGACCCAAGACUCUUUCUCCGGCAAUCUCCAAGCAAUAGUCUUUCAACUUAAUGGUGCGAAGUGACAGGGUACUGUGUUCAUCAAUUAGUUCUUCUAUAUCCUACCUUAUUGUUCAUUCUUAUCUCAUAUGAAACUACAUAAUAUGGUUCUUAUAUGGAAAUAGCAAAGCCAUUUUGAGUCACUACCUCAAGUGAAUUUUUUUUUUUUGAAAAAAAGGCUAUAAUAUUUCAACUGAGCGCUCUUAAAGUUCUAUUGUAGCCAUUUCCAAAACUUUUCAUGUUUGUUUAAGACUAAGUGAGUAUUAUAGAAGAUUUGAAAUAUCGAUUCAUUAAGUCGAGGUAGAGCUUCAAAUUUGCUGUGACCAAGGUUCGUGUGUGUUAACCAUAUGUAUAUUGUACCGUGUACCGAACAUUGUAACACGUCUUCCCGCACCUUUACCCCGUCAGAUCCGAUCUCAUUAUCCUCAAUACACAUAACUUGAAAAUCAAAAUUAAAAACUUGGAAUGUGUUUUAUCAUAUCGAUUGAUGUCGAAAGGAUAAUCUUGUCAAGUGCUGAGGUGUCAAAUAUAUCUAAUUAAAGCAUGAAUGAAACAGAAAUCUGAUUGGACAAUGUCUUUGGUGCUAUUCCUUUGGACCAAUCACAUGUCAUGAAAUCAUUUAGUUAUGAUACUGGUUGUGGUUUUUACUAAUUUCAUGAUUCUAAUUUAAUAAAUCAUUUAUUUAAUU